AUGACCAAGACAGGAGCGCGCGAGAUGGGUCGCGAACCAACAUCCGAAGAGGAGCUGCCAAUCGAGCCUGCCGUAUUCGAGCAAGGUGUCAACUCGCCGUCCCGCACCGGUGUUCCCGAGAUCGCCGAAGCGCUUGAGGUGGACGAGAUCGAUGCGGAUCUCUACAAGUCCUUGACGCUGUGGAAGCCUGCCCGAGCGCGCGGCGUCUUUGGCGGCCAGGUCAUCGCGCAAGCCGUCGCAGCAUCCAACAAGACCGUUCGCGAAGGCAUGCUACUUCACUCGCUUCACAGCUACUUCCUCCUCGCGGGUGACGAGACCAAGCCAAUCAUCUACCAGGUCCGACGUGUUCGCGAUGGUGGAUCGUACGUCACCCGCUCCGUCAACGCUCUUCAAAAUGGCAGGACGAUCUUCACCAUCAUCCUGAGCUACCAGAAGCCCGAGCCGAACGAGCCGGUGUUCGCCAUCCCCCUCCCCUCGCUCGAUGCGGAUGGAAAGCAUCUCCUCGAGUCCAUCACAGGCUCGCACGCUACCGGCAAUCACUCUGCGCGCCCGAUCAACUUCAAAGCCCUCGCCUCACCGAUGGAGUGUCCGCUCAACGAGAAGCGAUACCAGGAGGUCCUACAGCACGGCAAUCCCGACCCCCGCGUCCGAAAAGUCCUCGAAGGAUGGAUCAGCGAUCGUCAAGCAUCACCCGUCGAGAUCCGAGAUGCUCUUCCGGGCAUGUACGACCGCAACGGCAUCCCGACUCCCGGCAACCAACAGGCGUUUUGGAUGCGAACUCGACGUCCCAUGGCCGGAGGCCUCGAAGCGCAAAAAGUCGCCCUGGCGUACGCAUCCGAUUUCUACCUCCUGAGCACAGUUCCGAAGGCGCUCAACAAUAGUAGGCGGAUCAAAAUGAUGGCGAGCCUGGACCAUAGCAUGUGGUUCUACCAGCCGUUUGAGGUGCACGAGUGGUUGCUGUUCAUGAUGCAGACCCAGGCAGCGUCGAAUGGGCGCGGAGUCGUGAUUGGACGGAUCUAUAGGGAAGAUGGCACGCUCGUGGCUGUCGUUUCGCAAGAGGGUCUGAUCAGGGGUCAGACCAGCAAACCCAAAGAUGCGGCGCCGAAGGACAAGGCGAAGCUCUAG